AAAAAGAGGCUACGAUUAACUUUUUUCGUCAUAAAUUUAACACUUUUCGGGUGUAAAAAUAUAUCAACAUUUUUUAAUGUUAAUUUUACACCUUUUGAGGGUAAAAUCAACAUGAAAAAAGGGUAACUUUAACUCAUAAUACAUCUAAAAAGGGUAAUAUCUACACCUAUUUCGGAUCAAUAAUGCAGGGUAAAAUUAACAUUUCCGGAAUGUUAUUUUGACUUUUUGGGAUUUCUCUCAGUGAAGGGUCCAAAACUAUUCUUAAAAUGGGUAAAACUCCGAUUCUAAUUAUCAGAAUUUAAAAAAUGAGGGUGUUUUGGAAAGCUCUCACGAAGUGCAACUGUAUUAUUCAAAAGAUUUUUUUUUUAAUUUUCCAAGUUAAAUAACUCAAAAAAUCCAUUGUGCAUCGGGCUCAAAUUUUAGUAUGUUGUAGCCGCCAUGGUAUACCUAUCAAACAAAAAAAUACUUAAGUCGAUCGAUGACCCGAGCUAUAAGGGGUCAAAGUUUGAAAAUUGAUCGGCCUCUAUUUCCGGUGUAACAUUUUGACCUAAAUUUUGAGUUUUUGGGUUGACUCUUGUUCAACCGAUUUUGAUGAUUAUUUCUGCAUUUGCUCAAAUAAUGCCAUUAUCCGAUUUUGUCGGUUUAGUGUAAAAAAAGAUUUUUCUCACAACGCUGCGAAAGUAUGCGGCGGGUGCUAAUAUGACGGCGAUGACGGCUUUUAUUCGACUACGUUAUUAAAAAAUAAGGUUUAAAAGAAUGUUCUUACAAAAUUCAUUCAUUCUCUGAUAUUUUCGUAGUUCGUGACAUGGACAAAAUGCCCUCUCUGGUCAGAAAACGUAUUCCAAAACAAAUAAAUUCAAUUAGCUCGACUAUCGAGCAACCAAGAUCAAGUUUUGGGGCACACUUCUAGGGGAGAUUCUGGUCUAUAUUCCAUUAUCAUCUAUCUGUCAGUUCAUUUACAUCCUAGAUAUUUUGAUUUAAAUAAAAAGUUUUCAAUUUUUCAGAAAUUUUAUUCCAAUUUGCGCAAAUUGCUGUAUAAUAUCUCUCAUCUUUAGUUUCAAAUUGAAUUUGCAAGCAAUCCGAGUUUCCUAACAUUAAGAAUCUCACCUACAAUAAGCUGAUCUAAGUUUAUCUGUCCAUUUAAAUACGAUUUUGUGAUUUUCCUUUUGAAUAUCAAUAUUAAAUUUAACCAAUUCUGAUCAUCAAUAGCCAGUUUUAAUUACCUUUGCGUCAAUUUCUUUACAAAGCUAUUUUUUUUUAAAUAAAUAGGGCGAAAAAUUUUCAAGAUUAAUUGAGUUAUUCUGCAAUUGUGGUACAAAGCAAGAAUUACUUUUUUUUGGAUUUCUUUAAGAGCUUCCAUAGAAUCUCUUAUAUAGAUUUUAUCAACGUGAAAAGAAUAAAUUAGAAUAAAUAGACAGUGCUUACGUGUUCUUCAUUAAAAGAAAAAUAGCAUAACAGAUGAAUAACAGAGAAAAUCUAGCGCUGAAGCAAUUAGAAUUUUAGAAUCAUUCAUUUUCUUAUAGAUUCUCUUCAAUCUUUCUACGCAACAAAAUUAUUCGUCAUGCAAUCCCAAGAGGUUUUUUUUCUCUGAAUCUUACAAAUCCAGUACACAUCGAGUGAGCAAAAAAAAAAACAAUCCGCUUGAAAAAUCUUUUAAUGAAAUUUAUCAGUUUGAAGUGUAUUUUGAUAAAAUUUCUUAUCUCCUAAUAAAGAGCAGAUCUAUGUUGCGCAAAAGCCAAAAAGAGGGAGAGGGAGGUAAAUGUAGUCAGCAAUAAAACUUCUAUAUUAAACCUAUAUUACUUCACUUUCACCGUCAGACAUAUUAAUUGCCCUGUAAAUAUUUAAUUAGAAAUUCCUAAAAUAUUAUAUUUCAACAUUGAGAGAAAUGCUAAUAUAGAAAAUAAUUCAGAGACCAAAAUAUACUCUCACGAAAUAUCACAAUUAAUCAAUUAGGGGCUGUGAGCAUUGAGCUUUGGAGGAGUCUCUUUUGGGCAAGGGUUUUGUGAAGAAAGCGUUUUUAGUGAAUUAAAUGGAAAGGGCAGUAUAAUCCGUUAAUCCUUGAAUUACUUGACCUUAAGAUUGUUCCUGAGCUAGAGGUCAAACGGUAAGAGAUAUCGACUUUCGAUCUUAGAUGACCCGCCCCCAUAAGUCAACGUUUUCUCGAACGGUCCCCAACAUCUCUUAAACCAUGUUUUUUUUUUGGUUUUUCUUUAAAUUGAACCAAGCUUUUUCAAUAAUUUUCGGAUACGUUUCAGGGGUAGUCCAGGCGAACAUUUCUUUCAAACAUACCUUUGACCGGAAAAUUCGCCAUUUUGAAUUAUUGAAGGUCAAAAUGUCAAUCACUUGGAGGACUCAUUUUGAACCGAUUUGGGUAAAUUUGUGUUUUUUUGGAAGAUCUAGAUUUUUCUUAUCAAUUCAAUUUCUUAUCAAUUCUUUCUAGUUGGUCAAAUGAUCGUGAUUUAGGGCAAAAUCACAUUGACGGUAAAAUGCUCACCGUAUUUCGGUAAUUUACGCAUUCUCAUUACAAUUCUUAUGCAAAUUCUAAAUUACCGUAUUACCUUAUCUCAUACUUGGUGGCACUAGGUGAAAUAAUAUAAGAAAAUUGAAGAAAUAAAAAGAAUUAGCGAUAAACAGUGAGCAAAAAAAUGUAGGGGGAGGCUUUGAUUUUUUUUUGUUCACCGUUUAUCGAAUUUUCGUUUUAUUUCUUCAAUUUUCUUUUAAUAUUUUCAUCUAGUGCCACCGAGUAUGAGAUAAGGUAAUAUGGUAAUGGAAAAUUUGCGUAAGAAUUGCAAUGAAAAUGCGUAAAUUAACGAAAUACGGUGAGUCUACGGCAAGCAUUUUACUGUCAAUAUGAUUCUGCCCUUAUUUAUAUACUUUUUAGUCAUUUUUUCUAGUUCAAAAUUAUUUUUCGAUUUGCGAAUGAAUUUAAUCGUUAAUAAACCAGUAUACAUCCAAAAAUAUGAAAAAGGAUAAUUCACGGAUAGCUUUAUCUCGUAAGUUCAAGCAUUCCGCAAAGCCGGGACGCUUUGGCAUCUGUUUAUCUAUGUGACGACUGCCUUGAAUUAUUUCUUUUAUCGGUAUUUCCAGGUCAAAGCUUAACAAGAUUCUAGAGGACGUAUUUCUUGACCGAUUUUGAUAAAUACGAAUUCAUUUAAAUAAUGUUGAAGUCCUAGAUAAGUCUUAACCGAAUUUAUCAACUGUUAUAAAUUGGUAAUUAUAAAUGAUUCAAAACCGAUUCAUAAUUAAUUGAUAAAAGCGGUUCAGACUUAUCUAGGAUUCCAAGACCUUUCAAAUGAAGUAGUGCUUAUCAAAAUCGUUUGAGAAAUACGCUCUCUAGAGGCUUUUUAUCCUUUGACCUUGAAAAAUCGUUAUUAGGAAUAAUUACCCGAAUAUUUUUUUAUACGGAAGAAAUGUUCGCCACGUUUGAUCUAUUUGUAAUCCGGUGAACAUUCAAUUACAAAGUGAAUAAGAACUUUAAAAACAACAAAUUUUGAGCACUAGUUCGAUUAUCUCACUUAACCCGGAUCGCAUUAUUCCACCUUCUUUUUAGACUUUGAUAAGAAUAGAAAAAAAAAUAAAAUAAAAGAGCAAUACAAAUAGAAGGCAUAUGGGUAAUUUUUUAGGCCUCCAGUGUGACGGUGUGUUGGUAGUAUGUUAUCAAGGUUCCAGAACUUCAUGGGGUGUUCCUCAACCGCACUCGGUGAGGCUCCUCCUGAUGAUCAGGCAUGCUCUGGCCGGGGGGAUUGCCUCAACGGUACUUGCCUCUGUGAAAUUCGCUACAGUGGCGAUGAAUGUUCCACCUUCAAUUUGCCAUACCACGCAGGUGUCUCAUCGAUCUUCUACUUUGUGGCCCUCGUGUCGCUCAUUCAGCUCCUCAUUUGCAUCGUGGCAGAGUAUCAAAGGCUCAAGCAACCAUCAUUUUUGCGUGCCUGCAGACUCACAACGCAGAAACUUCUGUACUUCUUUGUCUUCGUGGCUGCCCUUCUGAGGGGAGCCUAUUUCACCACGCCAGAAAUUCUUCAGCCAGUUUGGGCAUCGAGUCUCAUGUCAGCGUACUAUCCGCUGCUGAUGACUUGUGCAUCGCUUGUGGUUUGCCUUUGGGCAGAGAUUUUCCACUUGCGUGACAUCCGAUGGGAAAAAUCGCAGUUUCUCUCAAAGAGUUUCCUCGGUUUUAUGGCUUUCAACCUUCUUCCAUACAGCCUCCUUGCAGCUGAGGUUCUCUUCUCACAGUUCAUCACAGAUCGCAAUACAUACUCGCACAUUUUCAACGGCUGCUACGCCGCAUUGCUGCUCAUCGUAGUUGUUUUCUUCCUCAUCUACGGAGUUGAGGUUUUCUUCAAAGUUCGCGGUGGUUUUGUGUACGAUUUUGGUACAUUGCCCAGCACCCAAAAUGUCAAUGCAUCGCAACUGCAUCAGUCGCGCUUUGGACUCUUGAGCCAGGCAAUCAUGUUGAUUGUCAUUGUGGGCUUUCUCACGUCAGAGACACUCGGUGACUUCUGGAAAAAGAAAGUGCCAGUGUACUCGAGAAAUUGGCAUGAUAUUGUGUUCCGACUGGUGGAGGUUGGGGUGGCACUGUGGUUCCCAUGUUGCCUGUGGAACUCCAUGGCGCCAGAGCAGCUGUGGAUUCUCAAUCCCAAGAAGCUGCUGAGUCGGCAAUUUGAGCCAGUGGCCAGUACAUCGCAAAGUGGAACGGCCAAAGCGACUGAAGAGGGGCAACAGUCGUCGUCGUUGCUGAAGAAGGAUUGCUGGAUCUGCUAUGAUCCGGACAAAACUGAGCCUCUCAUUCAGCCGUGCAAGUGCACUGGAGACGUGAGUUCGGUGCAUCAUGAGUGUCUGAGGCGGUGGCUGGUGGAGAGCUGCUCCAAGUCCGAUGAUGUUUUACUCAAGUGCAAAGUCUGUGAUUCGCCCUACGAAGUCAAGAGGACGAACAAACUGGACUGGGAGAAGGGCUUUACGGUGCAGCACUGGGCUAAGACGGUGAUCCUGGUGACUCUGAUGUGCAUCACUGGGGCAAGUGCUUGGGUGAUAAUCCAAUUGUACGUGGAUCCGAUCGUCCGGGUCCUCACGGCAGGCUUUGCCGUGAUCAUUGGGUACAUUUGCGUCAAGUUGCUGGGCGAAAAUACACUGACGGCCUACCAAAGGGCCAAAGUCAGUUCCAUCAACAUCGUUCCCAGUGAAUCUGACGUCACGGAGAAACUCAACACAAUCUGCCAAGAUGUUACGUGCAACUGAGCACGUGGGCGGGGACUGAUUAAUUUUAUCGCAGUGAUUGAAGGAGAAAAAGGAGGAGGAGGAGGAAGAGGAGAUGCCAAGAGGAGUCAAUUAGGUAACAUGAUUUUAUCUUUUUUUUAUUUUUAAAUAUUUUUCCUAGUUUAUUUCUUUUUUUUUAAUCUUUUUUUUAAUGAAAUAAAGUUUGAUGUGAAGAAAUUUUCUCACAGAGAAAAUAAAAAGCAAACACAACGGGAAAAAAACCUGAGAAAAAAAUGCAUGAAAGAAUGAAUUUUUAUGAUAUGUACAAAUUUAGUUUUUUCUCCCAGAAAACAAAAAUUAAAUGAAAGAUAUUUCUAGGGAGAAAUUGCAUUGGAGUAAUUUAGAAAAAAAGAGGGUGUGAUGAGUAAUAUAAUUUAAAAAAAAAAAAACAGAUUAAGACAUUAAGAUUUUUCGACGGUAGAAUUUGAAAUAUUACUGAGAAUAAUUCAAUAUUGGACGAAAAAUUAGGAAUAAAUGAAAAUUAGUUGAGAAUAAUUGAGUAGAACAAUUGGCCAAUAUUAUUAAUUAUUCCAUCCUCUUCUCUAAGAGAACUAAUAGAAAAAAAAGAAAGAGACAAUUAAACUAUUUUUAAUCUCUUGUGUGCGCAAAAAUAUAAAAAAAAUGAAAGAAAAAUGUUUAGGAUUAAGCAAAUGAAAAAUGCAUGAAGAAUCUGAAGUUAGUUGAACGCUGCUGGUGCGAAGGUUUGUGUCCUGGCUAACUAAGGGCCUAUUCGGCCACGAAUGGUUUGUGUUUGGGCUUGAAAAGGCCUUUUGCACUCUUCUGCUUAGUAUUUUAAAGAUUUACUCCAUAUCUGUAGAUUUUUUUCCCAGUGAAAGCAGAAAAAAGGCCUAUUGAAGCCAAGCCAGGACGCAAACCAUCGUCCAGCCAACGUUCGUCCGGCUUCAGUAAAAAAAAAAGUAAUAAAAAUAAUUACUCGAAGAAAUAUUAUAAAGAUGCAUGAGAGAAGAAUAUUAUUGCUUCCAUUUGGACAUUUUCGCAAUAAGGCAAAGAAUAAACCCUCUGAGAAAAAAAAAUAUUCCUCUUAUUUUAGACUCUUUUAGAUUUAUUUAUAACUAUUUUUUACAUUUAUUUUAUUGUCUGUAUAAAAGAAAAGAAAAGAAUCGUACCCGCUGAUUUUCCAAAGUUUUUCUUCUGGAAUUCUUUCUUCUUGAGCCAGGGAAAAAAAUUACGAUGAAGACGAAAGCUCCCCCUUCUUUUCAAAGAAAAAAAAAGAAAUAAUAAUAAAUAAAUAAAGCACAGUAAUUUAUUUGAAGAAUUAAAAAAAAGUGACAGUAGAGAAGGAAAUAUUAAAAGAAUGAUAAUGAAUUCUUUGAGUUGUGAUUUUUUUUCGUUGAAUUUUUAAUGAUUUUUUUGCUCUUAAAUUGUAUUUUUCUGUGAAAUGACGAGUCACAAAAUUUGUGAGUUCUUCAUUGAGCGUGAUGGAGAAUUCGUAUGAGAGAUAAAAAUAUAUAUAAAAAUUUUUUGUGUGGUUAAUGUACUCUUAAUCAAAUGUACAUGAAAUGUUUUAUUAAAAAAGAAUGAGUAAAAUAGGAGAA